AUGACCACACAAUCUAGUGGUAAUGGCUUGGCUCACUUACUUGUCCUGGGUGUAUUCUUCCAUGCUGUAUACAUUCUCAGUAUCUUUGACAUUUACUUUACGUCACCUAUAGUACCUCACAUUGAAAGCUUGACGUACACAGACUCGCCACCAGCCAAACGCGUCGUCGUGUUCGUCGCCGACGGUUGUAGAGCAGACAAGUUUUUUGAAGUCAAUGCUUCCUACGACGACACGGUAGAGCAUCGAGUGUCGUUUCUACGUCAUAUAAUCAAAACAAAAGGGAGUUGGGGUGUCUCGCACACGCGUGUGCCUACUGAGAGUCGUCCUGGUCACGUGGCGCUCUUUGCUGGUAUGUACGAGGAUGUGAGCGCUGUUACUAAGGGUUGGGCGGAUAAUCCUGUGGACUUUGACUCGAUCUUUAACCAAAGCAGCAGCGCCUACUUAUUUGGUAGUCCAGAUAUUGUGCCGAUGUUUGCUCGUCAUGUGGCACAAGCAUUUGAAGAGCAUUAUUCCCAUGCAGACGAAGAUUUUGCCAAGAAGGACUCGUCCGAAUUAGAUAUUUGGGUCUUUCGACACUUGCAGAGACUUUUGAAUCGAGCACAGGACGAUUCAAAUUUGAAUCGUCAAUUGAAUGAAAAUCAAGUUGUGGUCUUUUGUCACUAUUUGGGUAUUGACUCGAAUGGCCACGCCCAUCGACCAAAUUCAAAGGAUUAUCUCAAUAAUAUUGCACUCGUGGAUGAAUUGGUCGAGAAAACGUAUCGGAUGGUGGAAGAAUUUUACAAUUAUGAUGGACGAACGGCGUAUGUUUUUACAGCAGAUCACGGAAUGGGGCUAAAAGGAGCUCAUGGUGAUGGUGAUCCGGCAAAUACACGUACGCCCUUGGUGGUAUGGGGAGCUGGUGUCCAGGGACCAAUAAGGACGGAAGGGACUGGAAAGUUUGAGAUUGAUCUACCGACGCAGUCUCGAACGCAGGUCCGAGCCCAGAUACAGGCACAGGAAGAGCAGGAACAAGCGGCAGUUAAGGAAUGGAGAGAUCUCUACAAUUUGGUGAGAAAAGAUGUGAUGCAGGCUGAUGUUGCACCACUUAUUAGUGCACUCCUGGGGCAGCCAUACCCGCGCAACUCGGUUGGUGUGCUGCCGUUUUCAUACUUGGCAAAAGGAGCGUAUCGGGCAAAAGCUGUAAAAUCAAACGCGCAGCAGCUUUAUUUGCAUGCCCUGCGAAAGGAACAGGAGAAACAGUCACGCACAUUGUUACGCUUUGUACCAUAUGGUCCGUUUCGCGACCAUGUUCCUAAGCUAUUGCAGCAACUUGCUGACGCUCAUGAUGCCAGUCCUUGCAGUGACGGAGAAUUGGAUGCGCAUGAAAGAGUAGAGGUGCUGAGCCAGGAGCUGAUUGAAAUAUGCUUGGCUACUUUGGACUAUUUCCAGCGGUACGACUGGUUCUUUUUGCUCGGCGUUGUCGUUCUAGGUUAUGUUGGAUGGAUGAUUGUGGUAGGGGUGGCCUAUUUUCACCCGCGUGACUUUGGUUUGAAGUGGUUACUUGGUCGGCAUGGCAAGCAGUUGGAUAUCAAUCUAGCUGUUGUCAUAUUCGCAGCUUUCGUAUACCUGUUCCUUGAGGGUUCACCAGUCACGUACUACCUGUACGUACUAUUUCCACUGAUCUUUGGUAUUUUUGCGUGGAACCAUGUCGAUCGAAUUACUCAAGUGUGGACAUUAGGUGAAGGAGAUAGCACAUCCAAGUCAAGUUGGAAGCGAUGGGCAGAGAUAGCGCUAAUUUUGGUGUGUCUUGAACUUGUUGUGUUUGGAUACGAACGCCGAGAGAUCUUUGGUAUCCUUUUCUCACUCCUCUCAGUGUGGCCUUACGUCGAGCAUACGUCACGUAAAAGUGCUGACGAAGAUAGUAUUCAAGCUGUGUGGACUAGUAGCUUCCCAUCACCUAUCCGCUGCUGGAUGCUGUGCUGUCUUCUCAUCUCCAUAUUUCCAUAUCUUCCCAGCGAGUAUGGCGAGCACACUAUGUUAGUCCAUGUGGGUGGUCUUUUGACGUUAUUGUUUACCGGCUCAGUGCUGACUAUGGCAGAGUCUGAUCGACGUAAAGCUUGGAUGAACACCUUUGCGCUGAACGCUUCUCCACUGAUUCUGUCGUUGGUGACAUUGCACAGCACAAUGCAGUAUUUGGAUGGUGACCGAAGUAAGCCGCCAUUGUUACUUACGCUAGGUAAUUGGCUUUUGUCUGGUGUCCCUAUCGUGCUGUUGCUCAUUAGAAUACAACAGCGCACAACCGGUCCGAUUCAAGUCGUGAUACUUGACACGGACUGUCAGGACUAUCAGUUGCUUGUACAAGCUUACGUUGGUCAAUGUGUAAAACGACUCAUCGAAGUGAUGCUAGCCUUUGCACCUUCAUGCAUUCUACUAAGUAUUGCGUACGAGGUGUUGUUCUACGUGGUACUGUGCAGUGUUCUUGUAAGCUGGAUACUCUUGGAAGCUCAAGCUGCAUUGGAGUCUCGUUUUUCAAGAUGGCGUGAGAUUCAGCGUGCAUUUGUGUUUCUCUUGCUCGUCAAAAUUGCCUUCUUUGGCACGGGUAAUGUCGCUAGUAUGAGCAGCUUUGAAAUCUCGUCGACUUACCGUUUUGUGACGGUCUUUGCGCCUUUUACGAUGGGUGCCUUAUUGGUGGGAAAGAUUCUGAUUCCAUUUAUGAUUGUCGCUUGUACGUUUCAUCUCAUCUUGCUUCUUCCAUCCAACUCCCCAUCGUCGUCACGUGAUGAAGUAGAGACUUUGCGUCUUCCUGCAGUCCGUUAUUUCCUUGUCGUUGUCGCCAUGUCCGAUGUGCUUGCACUCCAUUUUCUCUUUCUCGUCAAGAAUGAAGGCAGUUGGAAGGAAAUUGGCAAUUCCAUUUCCAUGUUUGGAAUUGUCAAUGCACAGAUUGUAUUGAUUCCAGUGAUAUUUCUACUCGCUCGUGCAUUUGUCUGUGAUCUUGCAUUAAUUGUUGACGUGAACAAGAGAAGGAAGCAGAAGAAAGAGCAGUAA